CUCGUGUCGCAGGAGAAAAAGUUCCAGGGCCAUUGGAAUAUCAAAAGCAUCGGCUGCGCAUGGUCUCGGGGGAACACAAUUUAAUCCAAAAACAUUGAGAUAUUUUGCAGGCCAACAGAUUGGCAGCAAGAGCUUCAGUGGCUCUAAUGAAGAGGUUGAGGCUCCUGACAUGGAGCGGCAGUUUACUUUCACCACGGACGAGACCUGAUCCCAUUCGAUUACCUUUUCACAUCUCACGACGAUGUCAGGCUACGGCCGUGGCGACUUCGCGACCCUUCGAUGAACAGGUGCCGGUGGAGGAUGCCACUUCAACUCCCUUUCUCCCGGAAGAGACCUUACAGAGAUUACCGUCGCCGCCCGUCACAGCGGCGAAGACAUCGGCGAAGCUCGCCGCUCUCCACGCUCGAUUAAACCUCCCUCCACGCCUACCGCUAGAAACGUUGGCGAGAACUCUUGUGGAUCCUUCCGCAGACCCUUCGAUACGAUUCAAUAACAAGGCCUUUGCAGUUCUUGGAAAUGAUUUGUUAGGUUAUUAUACCUCGGAAUACCUCCUCAGUCAGUAUCCGCGGCUGCCGCUGGCUGUGGUAUUUGCAGCUAUGUAUGCGUACCACGGCCCAGCAACCUUAGCUGCCCUGGCCAAGGAAUGGGGUGUGGAGGCCGCAGCAGCACCUGGUGGUGAGGUAGAUCCGGGUCUUCUUCAAUUCAAACGACACCCCUCUGAGCCGAGACCCGAUCACCCGCAACCGCAGCUCAUCAGCACCCGGGAAGAAGCAAAUCCGAAAUUCCGACGGACCAUGAGCUCGAGGUCUGUUUAUGACGAUCAGUUUGGCGAGGUCAAGCCGCGAAACAAAGACUCGACACCUGCCGAAGAGAAGGGCGCGACUUUGCAACGAGCAAGCACUGAUUUUGUGCGAGCCGUGUUUGGAGCCAUAUACUUACAUGCAGGCCGGGCUGCCACGAAACAAUUCUACAACGACCAUAUUGCAUCACGACAGGUGGACAUGGCUAGUCUGUUCCACAUCAAGAACCCUACCCGAGACUUGAGCCGAUUAUGUGCCAGAGAAGGGUUUCAGGCACCAGUGGCCAAGAUCUUGAGCGAGACUGGACGGAAGAGCAGAACCCCGGUUUUCGUGGUUGGAAUAUAUUCCGGCAGCGACCUACUUGGUGAAGGCGCCGGCGCCAGCCUGGAUGAAGCUCGAACGCGUGCCGCUGUGGCGGCCAUGAAAGGUUGGUAUCUUUACAGUCCAACCGACUACCGGGUACCCAGCGAAAUGGAGGAGCCCGGAGCGAGGCCUUGGACGCCAAUUCUGGUUGAUCCUGGCGAGAUUGCGAAUUAAUGCUGUGUUCCUUCAAAAGCUGUUGUAAAUACAAUACCAGCAUGUUUCUCAGACGUGGUGUACUUUUAUUACCGACGUGUUGCACAUACCCAUGGGGUGGGAAAGGAUCCGGUCAUGGCAUAUCCUGGCGCAUGAAGAUUUGACAGCGUGCGAGUUGAAAGCAGGUGACUUGUAUAGUCAAGAAUCAUACCUAUCUUAGGAGUGUAUGAAGUGUAUGAUUGUCCUCUCCACAAUAUUAAGCCGGCAUCUUGCAUGUAUACGUUGUAGUCUCUCGUAGCAGGGCUCGGGGGUAAGAGUUCGACAUAGUAGGUACACUCGGUGAACAUCGCUUACUAUGACCUGGUCGCUCUUUCGCCCUCAAU